UGACAAGUUGUUGCAAAGUGCCGACGAAAUGUUUUGUUAUGUGUUUUAUCUUUUCUUCUAUUAUUUAAGUGCUAAAAUUGAGUAAGAAACAACAUAUCACAUCAAAGAUAUAGUCAUUGUUUUUUUAAAAACAUGGCUUCUACUAGUCAUCCCCGAAAUGUGUUCUAUGAAGACAUUCCUCCUGGUGUCCUCAAUGAAAAAGACUUUAUCUGUACAGAAAGAAUUGUUCCGAGGAAGAUAAAACCACAGAACAUUGUCAUGAGGCUUAUGGACCGAGAAAUUUAUGGCUCCAAAAAGCCUGGAUCUCAUUUUCACGUUGUUAGAGAGUUUUAUCAAAAUGUAUUUCCGAACUUGACUAUAGUGAAUGUUGAGAAACCCCCUUGUUUUUUGAGAAAAUUCAGUCCAGACGGAAAACAUUUUAUAGCCUUUUCUGCAGACCAAACUUCGUUAGAGAUCUACGAGUACAGAGGAGCGGCGGCUGCCGGUGACCUGGUCGCAGGAUAUCCAUCAGAUCUGCUGAAUGCUGAUGCAGAUGCUCACCACAGAAUUAGGACACACAUAUUUUACAGAUUUUUCAAGCCAAAAUAUACAGUCAAUGUCUGUCAGCAAAGAGAUCUACGGUCAGAGCGUAAUGCUCAGCCAUCUGUUAACCCGUUCAUGGACCAACAACUGAACAGAGAAUGUAGCUUGUUCACUGAAGAUGGAAGAUAUGUGAUAGUGGGCUCUGCUGCUCACAUCCCUGAUGACCUGCGACCACACUUCUAUCAUAUACACAGUAAUAAUGAGGCAGUCACACCCACCAUUAGAUCUGCUUUGGAAGAUUACUCCCUCCAUUUAGUUGACCUGCACCAUGGUAAGCUAUGUGAUACUAAACAUUUUAGAAUUGACAAAAUCUACCUCUCACACAACCAAGGAAUUUACUUGUAUAAAGAAGUAUUAGCUGUUCUAUCAGUACAACAUCAAACUAUACACUUGUUCCAAAUUGUAGAAGGAAUGUUGAUUGAAAUAAGGAAAAUUGGCAGGUUUUGCUAUGAUGAUGACCCCUUUAUAGUCAACUCAGUGUUUGCUCCACUAGUAAAUGAAAGACCAUUUCAUGAAGAGACAAUUAAUAGCUUGAAGCACAGACUAUUAGUAUUUCUUUUCAAAAGGGCAAAAGCAAUUAGUGACGAAUCAGGAGAUCCAUUAGAACUUAGAAAGUUUUACAAAUACUUUGACAUGUUCAAGAGUUUACGAAUGUGGAAAAUGCAGCUAUUAGAUGAAGAUCAUUUGUUCAUUAAGUACGCGAGCGAAGAAGUUGUUACAUUGAGAGUGCAGGAGCCCAACAGUCAGUCAUCCUUCUUUGUGAUAUACAACAUUAGUGAAAGCAAGAUUUUGGAAGUUUACGAGAAUACUUCGGACAGUUUGCUGGAGUUGUUUGAAAACUAUUGUGAUUGCUUUAGGAAUGCUCGAUUAUGCGCUGAUUCUCAGUUUACUUGUUCACCUUCUAACAACUUAUAUGCAAGACUGACACAGCAGAGGUUCAAGCAAACUAUAGUGCGCGCUAUCUACGGCGGUCGCACGGAGGCAACGAAACGUAUACUUGCGCAGCUGCCAAUCAGCGCACAGUCAUAUAGUGGCUCACCAUAUUUAGACUUGGGUCUAUUCAGUUAUGAUGACAAAUGGGUAUCUGUUAUGGAAAGGCCUAAAGCUUAUGGAGAGUAUCCCAUAAGAUUCUAUGCAAGAGACUCAGGCCUAUUGAAAUUUAAAAUCUACGCUGGUGUCCUGGGGCAGUCGGUACCAGCUACUGCCCGGCGUUUGGUCGCGUUUACCUUCCAUCCGACGGAUCCGUUUGCCAUCAGUGUUCAGAGAACUAACUCUGAGUAUAUUGUCAACUUCCACAUAAGGAAUGCUGUGCUCAGCUACUGCCCGUGCAGUGACAACCCUAACCACGCUCGGGUGCCAUAGAUAAUAACGUAUAAUUUACAAGAUGAGUAUUCACUGGGAGCAUUUGAUCAAGCAAUGACUAAAUUGAACAUUACGAAGCUUGAACGCUAAUACUUGCUUAAUAAAUGUGCGCGAGCUCUCCCAGUAAGUACUUGUCAUUAGGAUACAAAGUUUACAAUGCAAUUUAGUUGCUUGAAAAUUGAAAAGUAAUUGACGGCAAAAUUAAAUGCGUAAUUGUGAAAUGAUGGCCUUAAAUCGACGUAUUUGAGGAGAAAAGACGUUGAGUUGUAUUUUUGAAAAGGUUAACGCGGGAUUGUAUACUAUAAGAGAUCUAAAUAGUUUAAUGAAAUAAAUUAUAAAUGUUAACUUUAUGUACAAUAACACUACUGUGUAGUGUUAAUUUAAUAUUAUUAAUUUCUAUUAAGCCUGUUAUACUUUUGUAAUUAAUGAAUGACUAAUUGUUACUCUUUAUGGUGGAAUAACAAUUAAUAAUCGA